AUCAUAUAUUUAAUGGUACAUUAUUAGUAUUAGUAUUGGUAUAUAAUAAGUUGGACUCGGAGUAUGUCGCAGAUUAAUGAUUCUAGUGAUAGUGAUAAUACUACGGCGCCUACUUCAAGUAUGAGUCCCAGUCCUUCUCCGUAUACAUUUUCGCAGAUGUGGCAACUGAUAAGCAAAGUCAUUGAUAAGGAGAGUGAAGACAAUAAGGAAGUUAUAAGUGAUCCAAUAGUUAUCUUAGGAAAUUCAUAUGAUGAAGUAGAGAAAUCAGAAUCAGCCAUAAAAUCAAGAAUAUGUUUAACUUAUCGAUUUGGAUUUGAACCUAUACCUCGAUCACUUGAGGGACCAAAUCCUCUCUAUUUUGUAUUUAAUCCUAGUUUACUACCAAAUAUUCAUAAUAUCCCUCGAAUAGUAGAUAAAAGCAAUUUCGUUACCGAUGUGGGGUGGGGAUGUAUGAUAAGAACUUCUCAAAGUUUAUUAGCUAACAGUUAUAUCAAGGCAAGAGAGAGUAAACAACAAUCCUCUUUAGAGAAUGAAACUGAUAUUGAUCUUGAUACUGAUAAAUUUGAUAAACAGGUUAUUGACUUAUUCAAAGAUACUCCCAAUAGUCCAUUUUCAUUACAUAAUUUCAUUCAAGUAGCCUCUGAUCUGCCAUUAAAAGUUAAACCAGGUGAAUGGUUUGGACCAGAUGCUGCAUCUGUAUCAAUCAAACGAUUAUGUGAGAAAUUGAAUAGAACUGAUCUAGAUGAAUCAUUCCCUAAAAUAAAAGUAUUAAUAAGUGAAAGUACAGAUAUUCAUGAUUCAGAAGUAACAGAUAUAUUUAAUAAUACAGAUACUCUGGCCUUGUUAAUUCUUUUCCCUGUUAGAUUAGGGAUAGAUAAAGUUAAUUCAUAUUAUCAUAGUAGUUUAAAACAUUUACUUUCAUUACCUCAAUCGGUUGGUAUUGCAGGAGGUAAACCAUCAUCAUCAUUUUAUUUUCUUGGAUAUCAAGGUUCUCAAUUAAUUUAUGUUGAUCCUCAUCGUCCUCAGUCUACUAAUGAGCAGACAGAUUAUGAUUCUUAUCAUACUUUAAAAUAUAAUAAAUUGGAUAUAAAUAAACUAGAUCCUCUGAUGAUGAUUGGGAUUUUGGUUAAAGAUCUACAAGAUUACAAUUCAUUUAAGCAGUCAUGUCAUAAUGAUUCCAAUAAGAUUAUUCAUUUUCCUAAAGAAAAAGUUGUGAAUUUCCAGAGUCAAAGUAAUGUAGCUUCAGAAUUUAUUAAUAUAGGAUCAUGUGAUUUACCGCCCAAUGAUGAAUUCAUAAAUAUUAGUCAAGAACUGCAAAAUUCUGGUAAUGUAGAUGGAUUCAUAGAUCUCGGUAAUGAAUUCUCAGUAGCUGAAGAAGAGGCUGAAGAUGUUGAAGAUGCUGAACAAGAUGGUUGCGAAAAUGAAAAUGAAAUUGAAAAUGAAAUUGAAAAUGAAAUUGAAAUUAUUAAGGAAGAGUCGCCUGUCCAGAUUGAGCCAAUGAAUCAAAUAACUGACAACGACGACUCACGGGUGCUUACUGAAACUGAGUCUACUGAUAAGAUUGAAGAAUAUGAAUCUAUAUAGGCAUAGAAUAUACGGGUAUAUUGCAUAGUUAAUAAAUUAUGGUAGUUAGAGUAGGAAGAGGAGAAGGACGAGGACGAAGACAAAGACGUGUGCGCACCCAAAAAAAAGUAGUAUACUGAAAAGUCUAGUAGACUUUGACUUUUCUGGUCACUAAUUAACUACUAAC